AUGGCGCUAAAGGAGAAGACCCAGUGCUGCGGACGAAAAUGGUGUGUCGGCGAUCCGUGCGGCAUCGUUUGUGCAGCAAUAACUUGGCUUCUGAUUAUGUAUAGCCAAUUUGUCGUUUUUCUGGUACUUCUUCAUUCGUACGAAGAGCACUGGCUUCACACAAGCUUGAAUUUCUUGUUAUUCGAAUUCCUUACAAUGUUGGCUGUAGUUAGUCAUAUAAAAACGAUGCUUACUGAUCCUGGUUCGGUUCCAAAAGGAAACGCCACUGAAGAACAUAUCGAACGUUUGCAAGCGGCAGAGGAGUUUAAAGUAAUUUAUAAAUGCCAAAAAUGCUGCAGCAUCAAACCUGACCGAGCACAUCAUUGCUCAGUUUGCGAUCGAUGUAUUCGUCGAAUGGAUCAUCAUUGUCCCUGGGUAAACAAUUGUGUGGGCGAAGCGAAUCAGAAGUAUUUUGUGUUGUUCACGAUGUAUAUUGCUUUACUGUCGUUCCAUGCUCUUUAUUGGGGGAUUUGGCAAUUUGUGUUAUGUGUUGGAAAGGAAUGGCACAGUUGCAGCAGUCUUGGACCGCCAGGCACAACGCUAAUGCUGAUUUUUCUGAUGUUCGAAGCGAUUUUGUUCGCAAUUUUCACAUCAGUUAUGUUUGGUACGCAAGUGUCAGCAAUAUGUAGCGAUGAAACUGCGAUUGAGUCGCUGAAACGUGGAAGUGAAGAUCGUAACAAGGGAAAGUCUUGGAAGAAGAAUAUGCAGUCAGUAUUUGGUGGACCAUGUUCAGUACGGUGGUUAAAUCCUCUUGUUGAGCCAUUGAUGAGAUCAUUGGUGACAGCAUCCGGUCAACGACAUCGACUCCUUCAACGUGUAUUGGAUCGGCCUGGCCUUUUCAGCCUAAUUUCAUUUGCGUCUGCUCUUUACUAUGCAUCAUUCAUCCUGGAUUACAGAAAUGCUGAGCACACGAGAAUCAGCGAACAUGCACUUAUGCCUGGUUUGGUCAUUGAAAGAUUCGAUCAAGACGGCUUGGCGGUCGAAUACUUGCAAGGACUGCGGGAAAAUGCAAAGAAUAAGCAAGAAUAUAUCUGCAAAUGUAUGAGGGAAGCAGGUUUAUCUUGCCAUAAGCAACGAUGGUGGUCGACUGUCAAAGUAACUAAUGCUUCUGGUACGAAUGUGUACGCUGUGCUCCGUGCACCUCGAGCUAGUGGGGUCGAAGCGAUGCUGAUUGCAGUGGAUCUUAUGCAACGGGAAUCGUUAGCUAUGGUUAUGGCUUACGCAGCAUUUGCAAGGCAACAAGUAUACUGGGCACGUGAUCUAUUCUUUGUGUUUGUUGAUGGAGGAGCACCCGGAAUGGAUGCAUGGUUGGCUGAAUAUCACUUAGUAGAGGAUAACGUAUUGCAUGGAGAUCCACUAACUGAAAUGCGUGGUGUUAUGAUUGGAGGAGUCAGUCAGACCUCGAAAACCUCCAGUACAAAUCCGGUCAUUCGACUGGAGCUCAACCAUCUCAACGGUCAAUUGCCCAACUUAGAUCUUGUCAACUCUGUGGUUCGAAUCGCAGGCAAAGGGAAAUUCGCUCUACAUUCGAUUGUAUAUGGCGUGAGAGAUGCUGAAUCGGGAGGCUCAGACUGGCACAUGCUAGUUCCACUACGUGCUAUGUAUACGCAAGCAUUCAUAGCUGUUGAAGGAAUCCAUAGCGUAAUGGGAAAAUAUGGUGUACAGGCGAUUACGGUAGCUGUGCCACCGCUAGUGUCGUAUCCACUGAGGCAAUCUACAAGAUUGUUAGAAGCUAUAGCUCGUUCACUCAAUAAUAUACUGGAACGAUUUCAUCAGAGUUAUUUUCUGUAUAUCCUAGCAUCUACCGACAACUUUGUAUCGAUCGCCUACUUCAUGCCGAUCAUUGGCGGUAUUCUACUGCCAUUAUUGAUAUAUGCUUAUCGUGACUGGACCUUCAUCAAUUAUUUGACUGUACCACGUACAUGGCUAUUAAUGCACGCCAUUGGACUAUGCAUAUGGAUGAUAUCCACGAAAUAUUUUGCAGAAUAUACAGAGAAUACUAGGAAUGAUGUUGUCCUUCUGGGAAUCUCCAUGUUGAUCCCGUGGGGAUUGCUAAUACCGACACCUGUAACAGAAGUUCAAUUAUUGCGAUUUUUCUUGUUGUUAGAGUGCUGUUUGGCAGCCGGUGCUGUUUCGCUGCUGAAUUUUUCUCUGGCGCUAUGCUUCGCCGUAGUGGCAGUCCCUGUACUUGUGAAAUCUACGCAGGACAAUGAAAAAAGAUCUAGGGCACUUCUGCGUACGGCACUGGCAUUGGCAUGUCACCCAGUUUGUAUAUAUGCAUUAUUCUUAGUGUAUGGUAAACCUUACCUAGGCUAUGGUGGUAAGCCGGUCUCACUGGAUGCAAACACAUUUGUCAACGCGUUAUUACGUCUAGUGAAAGAGCAUAUGGUAUACGGUUCACAUGUACUACCAUUAUUACUUGUAAUAGUCCUACCUAUGUGGAACAUGAUACUACCAUUAGCGUUGGUGCGAUCUAAACUGGUCUCGAACGGAACGCCUGAAGCGGAGGAGCAGGCGAAGAUUGUGGAGGUACAGAACCAUAACGAUGACUAA